AUGGCCGGCACGCAUCCUCCUCAGGCAUACUGCCCUCAAUUGACGAAUCUUAACGACAUCAAAUCGACCCUGGAGUCAAGACUUUUCCGGGACGACAGAAGAAAUGCAUCCCUUCGUUACGGCAGAGUGAUAGUCCUGACCUUUUGCUGGUGCUGGGAUGAGAGCUCCCAGGGAGGUAGCGCCGCAAACUGGGCUCAACGUCUCGGAGAGACGUUCGCGCGUGAGUAUCAAUGCGAAGUACGACCCACGAUACUCGGAGCCUUCCCCUCUGAGGGGCCCGAAUACAUAAUGUCCCAAGCCCUCCGGAAAGCUGCGCGGGACCUGGGACCCAACGACCUCCUCAUCGUAUACUACGCCGGGCACAGCGUCCUCGACGGCAACGACCUCCGCGACAGAGACAUUUUUCUUAAGCCGUCCUGUCCCCCAGUGGUGAAUUACUGGGGGCCGGAAGGGCCCGCGGUAAGCUUCGCGCAUCUUCAGACGCAGCCUCGUCUCGACAACCCCCGGGCGAGGGUCCUUUGGCUCCUGGACUGCAGCCACGACGGCAGCGAGGCGUUGGUGGACAACCACGAAAUCAUCGCCGCGUCCGAGUUUGAGAGCGUCGCACCCAACCCCGGCAACAGGCGGCACUUCACUUCUCACUUGAUCCACGAGCUGCUUGUCGCAGCGAGUAUUGGUAUGGAGGUGACAGCCACGCAGCUCUACUGUCUGCUUGCGAAUCAGGUGUACACCCUCGAUCGAUACGGCAACGCGGUGCUGCCCUCGUUCCCAAUUCACACGCAGCACGGAAACAACACGAGACCCUCGAUCCGCCUCAUCCCGUCAUCCUACCAAAAGCACUUCCUGAUGGGCCGGAUAGGUUCGCCCAGUCUCCAGCCGGCCGCAGUCGUCCUCAGCGCCCGCCUUUCGACCGGGCCCGCGACCGACUGGAACAGCUUCCGUCAAUGGCUGGGCGGACACGCAAGUCACGGCAUCGAGCUGGUGCAUGAUUUCAGCCGUUUGAACGACGUGGCUUUCUUCAAGGUCACGUUCGAGGUGUGGUGUUCUCUGCGCGGGGUCCCGGGGCUCGAGUUCGUCACGAUCGAUAGACAUCAUGGGAUUACCCCUCGUCCUUGGGAAAUCAUCCGGGAAAGACCCGCCACCGGAUCCUACGAUCGCCGGGGCGUAUUUAUUCCGUUUCGUCAUGCACCCUCUUCUUCGUGUGAGUAG